GCCUUUCGCCUCGUUUGCAUGCCUUUUCAAACAAAAGAAUAUUUGACCGCAGACUCAACUGCAAUAACAGCUAUUGGCUGGUCAAACCUUUUACACAGUACUUGUAUCAGCCGAGCAGCAUUUUCGUUUACGGUUCCUAGGUAGCUGCAUAUGAUUUGCUUUAUAUGUAUAGUGUAGAUAUGUGUUAAUUUCUAACAAAACUAAACCAUUAUUUUAGCUGGUUUCGUCUUGGCCAUCAAUAAAAAUAUGCUUUUUGGGUUUUGAACUUUUGAAGUCAUGCUCAUCCUAGUGCCCUCUUACAUGUAAUAUCAAUUUUAAGAGAGCAAAACUUACUCGCAUGUGACUGAAGUUUUGUAACUCUAAGCUGAUCGCAUAAUAUAAAAUUCGCGACACAACACUUACGACCCAUAAGGUGUAGUUGGAAUUUACACGAAACAGUCUGAGGAGGACUUGAAAUGUUUGACUCCCAGCGAUGAGUCGAUAUAGUCCACAAAAUUAAAUCUGCAAAAUCUUUUGCAAAUACUAAGAAUUCUUUCAUAGACUUCGAGCAUUUCAAUAAUCUCAUUUUUUGUCUGCGAUCGGAGUCCCCGGCGUACCAACACCGUAUUGCUCCCUUCGUUUGCCUUUGUCUUAUAUUUGCUCCCUAUUUUAUGGACGGUUUAUCACUUAGAAACGCGUAGUGUUAAGGCAACGGACAUUUCGAAGUAAUCCGAAGAAAUUAAAAUAGAUUGAUAUCGUUCUCGCCACGUAAAAAGAGUGGUCAGGUUUGUGUAAAUCGUACUUUUCCUCAUAAUUAAACUUCAUACAGACGUAAGUGGACCCCACGACCAUUUACCUUCCGAAAUCAGGAAAAAUUUCGAUGAGUUCUUCCCGGUCUUUGCCCGCCUCGACAACGCAGCAAUGGUUUGGAAUUAAGCCUGACUCGAUAUAUGAAGACGGCUAAUUUUGUCCUGGGAUAAGGAGUUCACAAAACACAAUAUACUUACCUUUGGCGGGAAAAGAUUACAAGUCAGCACGUGCUCGCACGUGUCAAACCCGAACAAGAUAAAAGACAUAUAAUUGAACUCGCUUCAAAGCUUUUACUGAAAAGUAAGUUGAAGCACUUAGUACGAUUUUAGUAACACUGACUUCUAAUGCCCUGUUAUUGAGUACCAUUUUACCAUAUCGAGUUAAGAAGAUAUUAUCAAGACAUAUAAUUCAUUCUGAAUUUGACUUCCCCUGAGGUUUUGGAAACGUCAAUCCCCAGUAACUGCCCAGGCGACCACGCUAGAUGAAAUACUGACACCCCUGGUGACGGGGCCAUUUCCCUUUUAACGCUUUCUUUCAUGUCAUGAUAGAAGGACUAAAAAUGAUGGUUACAGGUGAUCUAAAUGCUGGAUGCAAACCAUUUUCUUCUUCAAGCCUUUAUUGUUUGGUUUCCUAUAAGCUUAUCUGCAGGUAUGUAUUUGAGCUUCUCAAAGUCACUUCUAAAGGAUGGUUCAACAAUCGUGUUCAAAAGCUAUUUCCGCAGUACUGAAGAUAAGCUCUGAAUGGCCUGUGACCUUAAAAUGGUAUGACAGGUAAAUUACGUAAAAUACAUUACAGAGGGUGAUUAACAUCCCUCGCAGGCAUAAGUCAGGCAUUUGCUCCCAUUUCAAUCCUGGGGAUGAGGCAUUUGAAAUUUUGGUCGUGUGUGACAUGAGGGGAGGGCAUUAACCUACAUUAACCUACCUAUGGGAUACCUCCAAAGCAUUUGGCAUCAUAGAUUUAGUCCUGCACUUGUCAGAUACCCCAUGCAUGUUUUUGCUCUGUUCUUUUGACCAAAUAUCAAUCAUAUGGAAUUAAUUUUGAUAUUUGAUUUUUAAAAAUAUGACCUGAGAUGAUAUGAUGAUGAUGAUCAUUAUUCCUUUACAGCCCUGGAGGACCAUCAGGCACCCACUAGUACCCUGUACAAGGUUCCUUGCUUAUGCUUUGGGCCACCCACUUGAGUAGCCCACUUGUUCAGCUCCUGUAGCGUGUCCUGGGCCAUCCUUCUUCAUCUCAGUUCACUUGCCAUCUGGUUGAGUUUGCUUGCCUCAAAUAGAGUCCAUGCAUUCCAACCGCCAUUCCUUGUCUUCAGGACUUCAGCUGGAGCAAGUUCAUUGACAUUUGGGUGCCCAGUUGGCAGGAGUUGAAUUCAACUCAGUGGCUUCAUUUUGAGUGAUGGCUUGUGCCCCCCCUUUUCCACAUGUACUGUACUGAUUUUGGUUUCUGCAGUGUGCUAUUUUGUAAAGAGCUCAGGUUGCUAGUCUUAUGCCCUACCUCCAAGAAAUGAUCUUUUUCAAAGAAAUCUCUUGCUUUGUUUAAUGAAGGUGAGAUCAGGCAUCUUUGAUUCUUCAAGUCGUACAUUUAAACAUUUUUUUUUUGAAGAACCUUUAUGACAAGCUUUAAUAUUUUAAAAAAUUAAAUGUACACUGAUGAAUGAAUUACAAAAUAAUAAACCCAAAACAAAUUACAAAAUAUUAAACCUAAAGCAACUGUUGGAUAGUGUUGUCUGGAGAGUUUUUAUACAAUAAUUGGUGCUUUGUCAAAAGUAACAUUAAUGUAUUUGAAUGACAGAUGGACAGACACACUUGUAAACAAAACAAGCAUACAAAAUAACUGUAACAACCUUUUCUCAUAGUGAUUACUAAAUCUUGUGUAGAAAAAUUAUUAAUGUCACCCCUCAGGGAGGUGGCAAGCUUAAAACAGGGCCGAGGGGUGAGGGGUGGGUAGUCUGAGUAACACUCUUGUUAGCCUCAAGAGCUCUCCAGUUAACCUGAAUGAUAUUCAGAUUGGCCUGUUCACAGUUAGCUCUCAGUAAUUGUUAAGACAACACCCCUCAUCCCAUGCCCCCCUCCCCCACCCCCAUUUUGACCCCACCCUGUGAAAUUUGCUAAUUCUUUUACAAAAUACUAAUGCCAAUGGGUUGGUCCAUGGGGCGUGCCACUGCUAGAAUUAAUUGAUGCAUAGAAGCUUAAAAUUGACGUAAAAUUCAUUUUAAAGUACUACUAUUUAUACGUCUGGAUUCAAUUGUCUUGAGCUCUAGUUAAGCGCUGUAAUUUCCGUAAUUUUACUAGAAGCGGGCGUAAAUUGAUAAUUUAUGAGUUUUGACACCAGAGUAUUGGAGAGACGAAGAAUCUUCUUGUCUUUAACAUCAUAAUAGACUGCGUUUCCUUGGUGAAUAUUUCGGCCGCAAAAUACCCAAUGUCUCGUGACCAAGUUUAGCAGCUGGUAAUGUUCGCACAAAUGUGCUAAUAAUUAAACAUUCCCACAAGUCUUACAGCAGCGUUCCUUAUUAGUCUCCACUGCACAUUGUUCACUUGUCUCGCAGCUGUUCUUUUCCUUGUGAAGGCUAGAGACAACAGACUGAAACUCGAAGACGCCACGACAAGACACGCCGAUGACCUCUCCAUAAAUCCACACGCGAUGAAGGACCAUAAAACGACGGCCGUUCCACAACUGACCACUGCCACGGUUAACAUCAAUCUCAGCAAAGGAGCAAUACCCAUUAUUAUUAAUAUUAUCUUGAAGAUUGGAGGCAUUGUAAAAACCUCUUUGUGUAUUUGUUUUGAUCCAAAGUCCCGGACAAAGCCUUCGACACCUCUCUAUUUGCUUUGUCUUUGUGAUCUUUAUGCUCUAGUUUAUCGGACUUCGAUCAAGCGUGACUAACAAAAACAACGUACAUGGUCAGCGGAUGUUUAUAGUAUCACGUGAUCACAUCGCACAUGCCGCGGGAAGGAUCUAACAUGGCGUCAUUCCAUUCUUCUACUACAACUUUUUACUUACCGAAUUUGAAAGCUGGGCAGAGAUAGCGCUGAAAGAAUUACUUAAUAUAAAAGAAAAAUUAUCCAAGUAAAGGGAUUUCACGAUGAUGUUUCAGCAACCCCACCAACAAUUGCAAAAGUUUGCCCCAAAGCCGCCAACUACUACCCCAGCUCAACCAGCAACUUCGACCGAUUCGCAAGAUGAAAAGGGUUUCCGACAGCCCAUCACCUUUGAUGGAAAACGGAUGAGAAAGGCUGUUAUGCGAAAAACUGUCGAUUAUAACUCUUCUGUUGUUAAACAAAUCGAGAAUAGAAAAUGGUUUAAAGAUUUAACAAGGAGGAGUGGAAUGCAGCCUGAUGACAGUUUUUCCUCAGAUGUUUAUCCACCGGGAUGUCUCUUGGACAAUCCCAUCAAUGCUGUUACUACAAAGUUUGUGAGAACAUCUACUAAUAAACUGAGAUGUCCAAUAUUUUGUGUUGCAUGGACUCCAGAAGGACGCCGGCUAGUGACGGGGGCCUCUAGUGGUGAAUUCACUCUGUGGAAUGGACUAACAUUUAAUUUUGAAACAAUAUUGCAAGCUCACGAUGGUCCAGUACGUUCAAUGGUUUGGAGUCAUGCUGAUAACUGGCUAUUGUCGUCCGACCAUGGUGGUUUCAUAAAGUACUGGCAGUCCAACAUGAACAAUGUGAAAAUGUAUGAGGCCCACAAAGAGCCCAUUAGAGGAUUAAGGUUAGCAACAUUGGUUCCUGGAACUCAACAAAAUGGACAGUUUUUAGCAGUUCUUGUCGGUAUAGUAGAACUUAUAAAACUUUUGAUAGAAUUAGCACUAGUGCAACAAAUGAGCAAUGUUUUAUCCAGCAGUGGUUGCCGAGAAAAUAGCAGCAAAUUUGCCAAAAGUGCNUGUGUUGACUGGCAUCCUACAAAGAGUCUUGUUGUGUCUGGCAGCAAGGACAGUCAACAGCCUAUCAAGCUGUGGGACCCCCGCACAGGAUAUGCACUAACAACUCUUCACGCUCACAAGAGCACAGUGAUACAGAUUAAAUGGAAUCAGAAUGGGAACUGGUUAUUGACAGCAUCACGUGAUCAUCUGUUGAAGUUGUUUGAUAUUCGUAUGAUGAAAGAAAUGCAAACUUUCCGAGGUCAUAAAAGGGAAGCUACAGCAAUCAGUUGGCAUCCUGUUCAUGAAUCUCUUUUUGUCAGUGGUGGAUCAGAUGGCUCCAUGAUGUUUUGGGUGGUUGGGGCCGAGAAGGAUGUUGGUAAUAUGGAGAUGGCUCAUGAGGGAAUGGUGUGGAGUUUAGCAUGGCACCCUCUGGGACAUAUACUGUGUUCAGGAUCUAACGAUCACUCCAGUAAAUUUUGGACUCGAAACCGACUUGGUGACAGGAUGAGAGAUAAAUACAAUCUAAACAUUCUGGACACUGAGGAUGACACUGAAGGUGACCACCCUGGUGUUUUAAGUACAGCUAUUCCAGGAAUGGACACAGCAUUAAACCCUGCAGAAGAGUUGCCAGAUAUUGAUAGAUAUGACUUGGGAGAAAAAGGUCCUUUAUUUGGACUCGGCAACUCACCAGCAAACAAGACCACACCCAUUCGCCCAAGGCAAUCAGAACCACAAAAUCCAGGAUUCACUCUGCCUAAUUUUAAAAACAGUCCAACUAUUCCAGGGUUUGGCUCACUUGGAGAAGUUAACACAACCGUAGAAAAUGGGAACUCCAAUUUAAGACCAGAUGCUCCACCAUUCAAACCUGGAAGGCCAGGAGAAAGGAAUCAUGUGGGGCAAUUUGAGCCCCCAGCCCCUCAGAGACUUAUCCAGCCCAACAGCUUUAAAACUGAGAAGGGACCAAGGCCCUUUGAUACACCUCAAGGAGACCAAUUUACACCUGGAAGACCCAGAGGCGACUUUGAAACAGGAGGACCACGGAGAGAGUCAUGGGAUGAGCCCAGGGGUCCUUCUGGGGACUUUAAACCACCUAAUUGGCGUGAGCAGGGUCCUAACGAUUUUGGACAUGGCAGAGAUUUCAGGUCGGAUGAUGGAGGGCCAAAUUUUAGGGGACCUCCUGGAGACAGGUUUCAUGGACCCAUGCCUGAUAGGCAGGGCCUUUUAGGGUCACCACCAAGGCCUCUUGAUAUGGACUCACGGCCUGGGUUACUCGGUGCUCCACCAACACAGAAGCCUCCUCAACUGAUGCAGGGACCACCUGGAUCCCAGGGAGGUCCCACAGGGCCAGGGGGAAAUGAUUUCCUUCAUCAAGGUUCUGGACCGAACAACGACCCCAGGCAAGACCAGGGAUCUUGGCGACCACAUCCUAAUGAACGUGAAGGUGACAGGAAUGAACUAUCACCAAGAUUUGACAUGAACGAUCCACGCACUAGGCAUCCACAUGACCUCAGCUCAAGGGGCUUUAGAAGGGGUGGCCCCCGCGGACGGGGCCAUGAUUCCCCUCCACAUCAUGGCCCUGAGAUGGAAGGGCCCAACCAAAGAUCCCAUCCAUUUCUUAACAAGCUUAGUUCAAGAGGUUUCAAGAGUAGUACUCAAGGGAUGCAUGAAAAUAGGGAUCCUCGCUGGGGAGGAUCCUCAAAUGAGCCCCCUCAAGGAAGAGGCCCUGAAGAACCACCUGGGCUUUUCGAUCGCCGGGAUAGCUGGGGAUCUUCUCACGAUCCCCGCGGGCCUCAACGGGAAGAUCCCAGGGAUCCCCGGAUGAUGAGGGGUCCUCCAGGUCCCCCAAGGCAGGAUCAGAACCCGCCUAACACGAACGAGAACAAGCCAGCUAUACGGCCAUUAAUGAGCCUCAGUCCCCCACCUCUUCCAAUCGGCCAGCAGGGCUUUGAUUUCAAUCUGGAUCUUGAUGAUGAUUCUUGGACAGGAGGAGCUCCGGACAGGCGAGGUAGAAAGCGGUCUGGGGAGCAAGAGAGUUUCAGGGAUGGGGAUCGAGAUAGAGGGCCUCCAAAGGCCUUGCGACCAGAGGACGAGUGGAGAAGGGGCCCAGAUCAAGGUCCACCAGAUGGUUGGAGAGGCCCGGAAGAGCAUUCGGAUGAUGGGGCCUGGCACGAGGACUUCCCAAGAGGCGACUUUGGGCCUGGGCCUGAAGGAGAUGGCGCCAUGAGAGGACGAGGAAAGCCAAGAGGAGGGAGGAGAGGGCGGGGUGUAAGGAGAUAACACCUGCUACUAACUACCACCCUGCCAGUGAGCGGGAAUGAUCUCUAUCGUUGAUGUUAGCACAAAGGAUCAAGACAUCUACACCUAAUUGCCCUCCUCUGUUGUGUUUUACGCAAUGCACACGAGGAGAUAAAAGGGACUUUAAGGAUAACUUGGACUAUAUCUGGGAUGACAACUUCAGUAAGACUUAACCGUGUUGUAAAAAGGCUCUGAUGUCGAGAAAGGCUACAGCCGUAAAGUUUUAAAUAUUUCAUUAUUUUAUAGCUUAUUAUCCUUGCAUUUCUUGUAUAUUCCAUCUUUCUUUGGCAGAUUUUGGUUUUCAAAACGCUUGUUCACAUGUAAAUUACGCGAUUUUGUUUCAAUGCAAAAAAUGUGACAUGGGUGCCCCGGCUGAGGGAAAACUCGAGAUUUAUUUGUUGCUUCUUUCUACAAGCGUAAUCUUAAUUCUCAAGAGUAGUCAACUGAGAUGUCCUAUUCCUGAACAACAACAAUAUUAUCAAGGAGACAGAUGUUGACAAUGUUUAAAGAUCGUCAACCAGGGGGAUUUUGUGUUGAUGCGUUGGCAAUUAAUAUAUUAUCAGGCUAAUUUUCUAACUUGGCCCAGAGGCUUAGGGGAAUAGAACAAAGGAAAUUGAUCAUUUAUCCCUCAACCUCAAUGUGAUUUCUUUUGUUUUAUUCCCCUAAGCUUCAGAACCAAGUUAGAAAAUUGGCCUAUUUUCAGCACUAUCAUUCAAGGAGAUGUACAGCAAAUUAGUGAGGGAAACCGAGAUUUUAAGAGGGACAGGAUAGUUGCUGCUGAGUUCCGUUCACUGUAUUCUGCUUGUGAUUUCUUUUAUAUAUGAUAUAUUUGAAAUAUACCACUAACUAUAAAACA